CUAAAACUCUUUCGUCAAAUGGCGCCGUUGCCGGGGAUUGGUGCUUAAUUUAAUUUUUCUGUUAUAAAUUUUUAUAGUUAGCCUAGUAGAAAAUUGGUUAGGUCGAUUUUCUAGCAUCUUUACAUACUUUGGCAAAAUUACAUGCAAACCCGCUCAACUAGUGGGGGUAGUUUUGCUCCGUUCACUGAAAAUCCUGAGAAAAUUCUCCGACAAAAUACUUUGAAAAAUUCACCCGGUGGGGAUUUUGAGGAGGAAGAAGAAGAAGAGAUAGAGGUUGAUCAGCCCAUAAUGGAGGAAAAUAACGGACGUAGGCGGACUGUGCUCCAAGCCAUGAGCCCCGCCUAUGUCGAAGAAGACCCCAUCGGACUCCUGAAUACUGACGCCCACACAUUCGAGAUCAAACCUGCCAUGAUCCAAAUGGUCUCGAAUAAUCAGUUCGGGGGUAUGAAGGGGGAAGAUCCAAGGGCCCACAUGCUAUGGUUCUCCCGAACUUGUCAGACGCUGAAGAUGAACGGAGUGACCUCCGAUCGUAUCAAACUAUCGCUCUUUCCUUUCUCACUUCGAGAUAGGGCGGCGCGAUGGUUGAAUACAUUCUCAAAGGGUCAUUUCAAAACCUGGGAGGCACUGCACCAAGCUUUCAUGGACGAAUACUUCCCACCAUCCGCCAUCGCCAAAAUCAAACGAUCGAUCCAGAAUUUCUCUCAAGAUUCGAUCGAAUCCCUAAGCGAGGCAUGGGAAAGAUUCAAGGAUCUAAAGAUCAAAUGUCCACCUGCCCUAAUUGAAACUGAUAGCCUGAUGUUCCAUUUUUAUCAAGGACUUCUGGUGCCAUCAAAGAAAGAACUCGACCACUCUUCUAAGGUCGGAUCUUUCUUAGAUAUGACACCGGAAGAAAAUGAGGAUCUGGUGGAGAGACUAACUUCAAAUGCCAAAUACUGGUACGAAGACCGAGCUCCACAACAGAAGGCUUGCAUGUACGAAGUGGAUUCCUUGACGGCACUUAAAGCAAGCAUGGAAAGUUUGAUCAAACGAACUAUUCAAGAUCAGUUCAGUGCAAGCUCCCGAUCCAACAAACCAUACGAGUCAGUUGCUCAGGCUGAUAACUACUGUCAAGGCAGUUCAAGUUCACACUCAAAUGAACUUGUUCUAUCUUGUGAAUCAUGUACAGGUGCACACUUGACAGCCCAGUGCCCUUACUAUGAAAGCCCGAUCAAGGAGAAGCCUAGAGAAGCAAAUCUGGCCCAGUAUGCAAACAAGGGAGAAGGACCAUGGGCCACGAACCAGUACCAACCAGCCCACUGGCGCGAUGAUCCUUCAAGAGAGCGCAACAACAAUUUCCAAAGAAACAAUCGUCCGAGGGACGAUUUCAGACAAGGAGGCUGGAACAACAACUGGAAUCAGAGAGGGCCUAGCUUCAACCAAGGGGGGAAUACUCAAGCAUAUGUCCCUCCACACCAGAGACAAGCUGAGGAUCCCACGACCGAGAUGAAGAAAAUGCUCGAAGAAAGAGACAAGAAAAAUGAAGAAAGAAUCCAGAGAUUGGAGGAGUCGAUGCGAGAAAGCCAGAGGGCUAACCAAGAUUUGUUCCGACAACUUAUGGAACAAAUGACGAUCCGACCUCCAGGAACUCUGCCGGCCAAAACUGAAAACAACCCACGAGAACACCUCAAGGCAGUUACCUUGCGAAGUGGGAAGAAAACUAAGGGCAUUGGCCAGAAUUCUGAACCAACUCUGAAGGAUUCUGUGGUUGAACCAGCCAAUGAGCCAACUGAGAAGAAGAAAGAAGAAGAAAAGAAAGACGAAGAACCUUUCAAGUCCCAACAUCCAAACGGCGAUCUCCCGCCAAAGAAGGUGACCAUACCCUUUCCUUCAAGGGUAAAGAAGAGCAAAGAUGAAAAAGCCUUCAAGAAGUUCUUAGACAUCAUGGGCCAAGUUGAAGUCAAACUGCCCUUAGUCGAUGUCUUGACGGAGAUUCCAAAGUACGCCAAGUUCUUGAAAGACUUGGUCACACAUAAAAGGGACUGGGAGGAACUUCCAAUGAUCAAUCUCAACGCAAGCUGUUCCGCGUUGUUACUCCAGCACAUGCCUGAAAAAUGCAAGGAUCCAGACCCUACUGAAUUUUGUCACUCUGUGAAAAUUUUAAAAGACAAAGGGUGUGUUGAGACACUUCUCGGUCUAGAGGAGAUUUUGAAGGUUGAUGAGAUUGAACCAAGUAAGUGUGAGGAUGUUCAGGAAGUAGAGGCUAAGGGAUUUGAUUCCCUAGAAUUGAAGCCACUUACCAAACAUCUUGAGUAUGCAUUUCUGGAUGACGAGGGCAAAUGCCCAGUCGUCAUCGCAUCUGAUCUGAGUGUGGGACAAAAGGCCGAUCUAAUGACAGUCCUCCGACAACACAAGCAAGCUUUUGCUUGGAAGUUGGAGGAUAUUCAAGGAAUCAGCCCGGCCUUUUCCACCCACAAAAUUGCAAUUGAAGAAGGGUGUAAGCCCGUUGUUCAAGCACAACGGAGGCUUAACCCGAAGUUAAUGGAGAUGGCUGAUUUCCCUCCUAAUGGACUAGACUUACCUUUUGCUACCCCCGAGGCGCGCGAUCGAUAUCGGGAUUGGGGUAGCAAGAAGGUAUUGACGCUGCCGAUGAUAUUGGACCAUACAGCACUGGAGAGCAUGGGGUAUUGGGAGGAGGUUGACGACUUCCUCCAUGACCCUGAAUGGAGGCGCUUGCUUUCACUCCGUGCACAAGCUAGCGUGCCACUGACGAUGGAGUUCAUCUGCUCGCUGAGGUUCAGCAUUUAUGGGAGCAGAGUUCGAGAUGUGGAGGGAGUGCAUGCCUCAGUACGGAUGACGUUCACUCUUCUUGGGACGAGAUUUGAUAUCCCUGUUCUUGAUCUAGGACGACUGCUGGGGAUCUAUACUCAUGAGGAGACGAGCUCACCAGACUUUCUCGCCCUGCCACGUCGACUUCCGUUGGAUGUUGACGUCAAGGCAUUUUGGAGGACUCAUUCACAUAGCACUAGAGACUUCAGCAACAAGUACAGCUCAUCAUCCGAUUGGAGGAGUCCCGCGUGGAGGAUACUUAGUCACCUCCUCUGCUGCAGCUACUUUGGGCGUCAUAAGAACGCCAACAGAGUUUAUGACACUGAUCUGAUCUUCUUUUGGAGCCUGGAGAGCCACACACCUGUGGACCUUUCCUCUUUUGUUGGGCAUUUCCUGUUUGAUCAGUCGACAGGAAACCGCCAUCACAUUCAGGCAGGACCUAUUAUCACUCUGUUGGCGCGCGCCCUCGUGCCUACCAUCGUCAUCCCAGACCUUCUCCCAAAGGAGUCUAGUGUACGGCCUAUCACUUCUGAGUCUCUCAUCCACAUGGGAUUCAGAAAGAGGCCACGUGACACUAGAUACGAGCCAGAUCAGGGCACGGGCACGGGCAGUCCUUCAUACAUGCCGGCGAGCAUGCCCGCCGAUGGAGCCUCUUCCUCUGCUGUUCCACGUCCAUUUCUUACUACAUUUGAGGAGCUGACCACUGCUUUUGGUGAUCUCCGAUCAUCGAUUGAUUCACGCUUCCAGCUUUAUGAGCAGCGGUGGACCGCCUUUGAGACUAGCCAGGAUCAUUAGCAGCGCAUUGAGACUAGCCUUGCAGAGCAGGGGACGCAAAUUGCCCAUAUCUUGGACUACGUGGAGGCACAUCAAGGAGUCCCUA